AUGGCAGAAACCUUAUAUAUGCCGCUGAACGCUGCAGAGUCCCAGAUACGGCUACUGGUGAUAGAUCCUGUUGAGCACGAGGCGACAGUAUCCUGCACCAUGCAGAUGGCAAAGCUGGGAGAACAGGCGUUUGAUGCCCUCUCUUACUGUUGGGGAAAUCCAGUGAAAGACACACGCAUCAUCGUCAACGGAACACAGUUGAUGGUAACUGCAAAUUUGGCCACGGCUCUUUUCCAUUUUCGACAGUCUGGCGUUAGCUCUGACGUGCCUAUCUGGAUCGAUGCCAUCUGUAUAAAUCAAGCUGAUAACACAGAGCGUGGAUCUCAAGUUCAGCUUAUGGGCUCACUGUACCAACAAGCGAGGAAAGUACACGUUUGGCUCAGCGAUGAAUCUGCUGUGCCGCGAGCAAGUAUGCAAGCACUUGCGGAGCUGUCUGAAAGUUUCCGAGAUCUGCUAGCUCUUAUCCAGAAUGCUUACUGGACACGCGCUUGGGUUCAGCAGGAGAUUGCGUUCGCGUUGUGCUGUGUGAUUCACGGCAGUGGCAUGAUGGUGCGGUUAGACGGAAUCCCUUCACACGGCACCCUGCCUUUCUUCGACGUCUAUCGCCAGCUAGAGCUUACGGGAUGUCGAUCUCGCGAGAUACGCUCCAUGCGCGAUUCUCUCAGAGAGUUGCUCUACCAGGUCGCAACGACAGGCUUCGUUGCAAAGAUCCGGCAAUUCGCGCACGAACCCUCUUACGCAAGGCUCAUUACGGGCAUCUUCUUGAGCUAUAGACCUCUCCGAGCGACAGACCCCAGAGAUAAAGUAUAUGGCAUGUUGGGUCUGCUUCCGGGCAGUUUGGAUUUGUCCCCAGAUUACACGAAACCUGUGUCUGAAGUCUACACUGAUCUUACUGUUGAGCUGAUCAAGGCAACGCAAGACUUGGAAAUUCUGCAUGUCGCUUGUUCUGGCAGUGCCGAUCUACCCAGCUGGGUUCCAGAUCUUCGCAUUCACAGACAAUUCCCAGAAGCGUUCGUAGACAAGGUGAAAGGAAGCAGAGCAUCUGCUGGCCUCGCGGCUGAUAUUAACGUGGAGGACGGUAAUCUUUUGAGAACGAGGGGUUCGAUUAUCGAUGUCGUGGAGCGCGUCGAGCGUGGCGUCCACAAAAUCCGCCCCUUAUUUGAUGAGGGUGCUGCGCGGUUCCCUGGCCCAUAUACCGAACGACAGCUCAGCGGUACAUUUUGGAACGCCAUUACAAACUCGAUCUCGCUCCAAGGUCACAGGCGCUUCAACGAAUCGGAUGCUGAGCUAUGCCUGAGAAUAAUGCAAAAUGACAACACUGUUGAAGAUGCGACUGCCGAAAAAUUUGUCAUGCUCUGUACCGAGACCUUGGAGAAUUAUGAUGUUCUCUUGACUGCCCAAGGUCACGUUGGUCAAGUGCCAAAAGGUCGAGUUGAGGCCGACGACAAGUUACUGAUGCUUGCCGGUGCUGGCGCGCCAUUCACGGCGAUGCGUCAAAGGAUCGGCGACAAGGAAGCAUUCGCCCUACGCUCCCCAUGUGUCCUGCUGCCCUUUGAUCCUGAUCCAAUCGAUGGGAAGUACAAACUGGAACACGAAAUCGCGACCAGCGACUUUCUGGUUAGACGAGCAGGACUCGGAAGCUGUUCGGAGACUUUACAGGAGUUAGGGAAGCAAGCCGUACUUGAUUUGUUCGAAGAAGUGAUCAUUUGUUGA